GCAGGCGCAGCGCCCGCAGCCGCCAUGUCGGACAAGAUGGCGGCGGCCGCGGCCUCUCCGCAGCCCCAGCCUGGGUCUGGGCCGCCGGCAGCAGAGGCGGAGGGUGCGGGGCAGCGCGGCGGCGGAGGCGAUGGGGAGGCGGAAGCGGAGGAGUUCGGGUGCCCGGCGCAUUGCUCCGACCUGGCCUGGCGGCAGAACGAGCAGCGCCGACACGGCCUCUACUGCGACAUCACCCUGGCCUUCGGCGGCGGGCGGCCCGGGGCGGCCCGCGAGUACCGGGCGCAUCGCUCCGUCCUGGCCGCCGCCACCGAGUACUUCACGCCGCUGCUCUCCGGGGGUUUUGCCGAGUCGCGCUCGGGUCGCGUAGAGCUGCAAAAGUGGAGCUCGGAGGGCGGGCCCGACCCCGACACGGUGGAGGCCGUCAUCGGCUUCAUGUACACCGGCACCAUCCGCGUCAGCCCCGGCAACGUCCACGAGGUGCUGGAGAUGGCGGACAGGUUUCUACUGACCCGGUUAAAAGAGUUCUGUGGAGAGUUUCUGAAGAAGAAGCUCAACCUCUCCAACUGCGUGGCGGUUCAUAGCUUAGCCCACAUGUACUCCUUGAAUCAGCUGGCCCUCAAAGCUCAGGACAUGAUCAGGAGAAACUUCCACAAAGUUAUCCAGGAUGAGGAGUUCUACACUUUGCCCUUUCACCUCAUCAGAGAUUGGCUCUCAGACUCGGAGAUCACCGUGGACUCUGAAGAAAUCCUCUUUGAGACUGUUUUGAAGUGGGUUCAGAAAAAUCCUGAGGAAAGAGAGAGGUACUUUGAAGAUCUCUUUAAACUGCUUCGAUUGUCUCAGAUGAAACCCACUUACCUGACUCGCCACGUCAAAUCUGAGAGGCUGGUGUCUAGCAAUGAAGUCUGUGUUAAAUUAGUGUCUGAAGCUGUGGAGAGUCAUGCCUUGCGGUCUGAAAACUUACAGUCUGGUAAUCUACAACAUUCCACUUGUCCUGUGGCGUUGUUGCCACGUUUUGGACAAAACAUGGACGUCAUCAUGGUGAUCGGCGGCGUGUCGGAGGGAGGAGAUUACUUGAGUGAGUGUGUAGGGUAUUUCAUUGAUGAGGAUAGAUGGGUGAACUUACCACACAUCCAUAAUCACCUCGAUGGCCAUGCUGUUGCUGUGACAGAGUCUUACGUGUAUGUGGCUGGCUCCAUGGAGCCGGGGUUUGCCAAGACUGUAGAAAGGUACAACCCAAACAGAAAUAUUUGGGAGCAAGUUUCAAACCUGAUCACCAGAAAGCAUUCUUUUGGCCUUAUUGAAGUCAAAGGUAACCUCUACAGUAUUGGUGGACAUGGCAAUUUCAGCCCUGGCUAUAAAGAUGUGGCCAUUUAUAAUCCUGAGCAGGACAAGUGGCUUAACCUGGAGUCAGCACCAAAGAUUCUCCGUGAUGUCAAGGCUGUUUCCGUAGAGGACCGCUUUGUGUACGUUGCAGCUCGGACCCCAGUUGACAGUGAUAGUGAAGAUGGGUUGAGGGCAUUUAUUAUCAGAUUCGAUGCUGAAACCAGGCAGUGGCAGGAUGUGGAGUCUCUGCCACUCGUUGAUAAUUAUUGCUCUUUUCAGAUGUCUGUUGCUAACACAAACUUUUACCAUACAGCAUCGUGCUGCCCCAAGUGUUACCCUAUAGAUAACGAGGAAGCCAAGGUAAAGGUGUCUGGUAGGGCCUCAGAUGAAAUACUGGAAAGCUUACCCCCAGAGGUUCUUAGCAUUGAAGGAGCAGCUAUUUGUUAUUAUAAAGAUGAUGUUUUUAUCAUUGGGGGGUGGAAGAACAGCGAUGACAUUGACAAGCAGUACAGGAAGGAGGCGUAUCGCUACUGCGCGGAGAGGAAGCGUUGGAUGCUCCUGCCCCCCAUGCCUCAGCCCCGCUGCAGAGCAACAGCCUGCCAUGUCAGAAUCCCCUUCAGGUGCUUGCAGGGAACGCAGAGAUACCCUAUGCCACAAAAUCUGAUGUGGCAAAAAGAUAGAAUAAGGCAAAUGCAAGAAAGGCAGAUGCAGGAAAUACACCGGCACUCCCUAAGCUUGCGGAGAAUGCCACGCUCGCAGAUCGAGUGUUAGUGUCUGGAGUAUCACUCCUGAUGGAUCUGGGAAAUACUGUGCUAGAUGGUUUUGUUAGGCUUGGUGUAUCUUUGUGAGACGUGAGGUUGUUGAUGGGAUUCGAUGCAGAACAACAGCAUCUUCUAUGUGAUGAAAAUCAAGAUCAGACAUCGAGGAUAUGUGGGAAUUGAGCAGCUGUGUGAAUCCAGCAGUAUUACUUAGUGGUGCCCAGCAGCCUGUACCAGGCUGUGAAAUAUCUCUGGGCUCAUUAAGUCAGUUCUCCCUCUCUUAGGGUCUUUGUUUUCAAGGAUUUCUGUAGAGUUAGUCUCUAAGAGUUCUAUUUGGAAAAUCAAAGAUCUCUGUCUUAAUAAUUUAGUGGUUACAUUUGUGUGUGCUUCAAAGCACCUGUUUUGUUUGCACUUAUAUAUUGACAUUCCUUUGAUUCUCUCCUUCUCAGUGACUAAAACUUCACAUGUAAUUGGUGUUAGCAUACUUAGAGUUCCCACGUUGGAGGCAAGUGCAAUAGUUAUACUUGUAUAUGAAAAGAAAAGCACAAUCUUUCUUUAUAAAAUUACUUCAGGAUGUUUCUAUGUAUAUUUAAUACUUUGUGUGUUGUUGAGAGGCUGCAGAGUUUGUGUAAGAAUGGAUAAUUGGUAGAACACAAGACACUUGCUAAAACAAAGAACUUGAGGCAGAAGAUUUUUUUCAGGUGUAUCUGAAGGUGCUUUGAAUUUGUCUUUGCUUCACUGGAAACUUAGAUCAACAAUCAGCCUGAUAAAGGGAGUGAAAACCAGUGAAAUAGCCAUGCACCAGUAUUUACUAUUCAAUCAGUGUGGAUUAGUAAGGAUGAAAUUAUUUCACAGCAAUAGCUUGAAACCUGAGCUAUUUGGUAGAUCUUUUCUCAAACGUUGCAUGCAAUUUAAUUCCAGUGAAAGAGAUGAGAAGAACCCCCAUGAGCCUGUUUCCAGCCUAUCUUUGACAAUCAGUACCCUUUACCUUCAGAAUGCUUUCCCAAGGAGCUCACAGUAGCUUGCUGCAGAGCUCCCUAACAUAUUGACAUGAGAGAGUUGAGUUUUCAUAGUCUCUGAAUAUUUGAAUUUCCCCACUUACUGUGGUGAGAAGGUUUAAGCUGAUUUAAGUACUUUUUGGCAUUUUGAGGUGGUUUUACAUAAACCACUGCCCUGGUUGGCUGUAGUUUGCUUACUGCUGUACUCCUAAGGAACAGAACAUGGAAUGUUUCCUUUGAAGUAUUGCAGCCUCUCAGAUACUGUCCCACUGCACACUCCUUCUCCCUGCCCUGAAGAGCUCCAGCAGAGUUGAGGUUACCAGCAGAUUCAGUGUGUGCUUCCUACCUCCUUGUCUUCCCCCUCCUUCCCUUUGUUUGGAUGUUCCAGGUUUUUCCAUACAGCCUAACUCAGGAUCACAAGGAGGGGAAAGGGAGGAUGACCAGGGUGUUCCAAAAUGUGUGUAGACAAACACUGAUAGAGAAUCUGUUUGCUGUCCUUGGUUCAUAUGAUGAUUUGCUGGUGGUUUUGAUGUGGGCAACUUCUUUGCAAAGGAACUUCUAAACAGUUUGGUUUUUUUGUUUUGUUUUGUUUUGUUUUUUUAAUUGUUUAGCUUUCUGAGCUGAUACUUCUCAUUUUCCAAUUCAGCAGGCAGCCUAGAUCAUAUCUGAAACACUGGGUAAGUCUUUCAACCACAUCAUGUGUAAAGGUGUCUCUGAUGUGUACAGCCCUUAAUACUCCACUUUGCAGUUCACUUGCCACUUCUGAUAUCAGUAACUUGUCCUUUGUAAUGAAGUAAUCUAGCCUUGCCCCCCCAAAAAACCAACCCAAACCUUGAAAAUCUUAACACUUUAGCUUCAGUUUACUCAUCCAUGAUAACAGUGUUGUGUUUUAUUUGCCUGUUGGAUUGCUAUGCAAGGGCAGAUUAAAUAGUACAGUACUGGCCUAAUGCCAGAGAGGAAACAGAAACAGUUCAGGUUUGAGGCUGGUGUUCAGAAGUGACUGUUACUAGGUCAGCUCCUGGAGUUCUGUAAGCAAGGGGUUAAUCAGUGGAGUUUGGCCCCUGAACUCUUGCAAAACUGGCUGCAUUAGUUACUGCUCCUACUGCUGGGUUUGUGAAUAGAAGUAUGAAAACUUAUGACUUUACAACUAAGCCCAUUGAUUUAAGUUAAAUUUGUGGGAGCAAGUUUUAAGAUCACUUCACCAGAUUUUUCGAAGUAGCAACUGAGUAUACUGUACAUCCUCCUGCUGACAAGAAAUCCCACUGUAGGGAUUUUUACCAAGCAGUUUAAGGGUGGUAGUAUGUCAAACCACCACAGCUCUUUCAGAGCCCUCUUGUAGUCUGUCAGCAAAUCUGGACAGUUUGUAGGGAAAAAUACUGAGAUUGUUAUUAAAGCUGGAACACUAACUAGUUUAACAUGCAACAAAGUUAGAUGCAAGAAAAAAUUUCUUGUAGUCUUUCUUUUUCUAAGCAAAAUUGAUACUGCACUUGCCAUGAGAACUGGCUGACAUACAAGCUGUGUAGUUUACUAGGUGUUCCACUCCAUGUCAAAACAGUGCCUGGACAGCUUUGCUUGUGAGUGCCAGCCAUGGUUCUGUGUGUGAUGCACUGUCUGCUCCCUGUGCAUGGUGAGUGAUGAGCACUCUUCAACAGCACUGGUUUGCUCUGACCUCUACUAUGCCAGUUCUGUGGAAUUUGUAAGUAGUUGUGGGGUUUUUCUGUUGUGUUUUUUGUUUUCAUUUUUAGCCUUGACUUUAAGUGGACCAAUUGCAUUGCACAUGGUUUUGAACUGACAAGUCUAACUCUGUGUUGUGUCACUCAUAGGUGUUCAGCAGAAUUGCAUUAUUGACUGGCUGUAAUUAAGCCCACUAACCUGUGGAUCACAUAACAAACUCCUUGUGGCCCUUGACUGCUGUAGCUUGCUGGGUGUUUAUAAAAUGAUCCUGUAAACAAAAGCCUGGGAAUUCUUUCUGUGUGUUUAUAGUGGCUAGUUAAAUGUCAGUAAGAUCCUAGUGUGUAUUCAGUUCAGUAUUAGAAGCCUGACUUGGGGCCUCCCUAAUGUGAAAGAACAUCAGGGGGGAGUUUUCUUUCCUCCUUAUGACAAUCAUUCCUCUGUACCCAUGUGGAAUACAUGUCACAAAAUGCAUGUUCCAUGGCCUGUUUUUCUGCUCAGAGUAUUAGUGGAGUAGGACACAUCCUGCCUAGCACUCGCCUGUCAUUGUAGGAAUUUCUAGAUGCCAUAUGUGUACAUAAUAUUUUCUCACUCUGUUAGUAUGCUGGGUUUGUAUCUAUUUUUAAUAAGACUUUCUCUUGCAUAUAGUAGGACACCAGUCCAGAAGUGAAGAGAACAUGCCAGCUUUUUAGCAUGCAUUAUGAAUAACUAUGCUGAGCAUUCUGCUAUCCUAUUCCAAUAUAUUAUUUCUCUGUUACAGUAAAUAUUAAAAUCAGAACUGCUGGCUCUGCUUGUCUGUCACAGAGUAGACUGAUUACUACUGACAAACUGAGUCACAAAGAAUUACAACUUUUUAGGUUAUUUUUAACACAACCUUGCAAUAGUGUGUUGUGCCAUUCAGUGGGCUUAAAAAAGCAAGCUGAAAAUAGGUGGAUUAUGGCUUGGAUUUCUUUUCAAAUUAUGUUACAGUAUAAAUCUUAUCUCUAAUUUACAGUCCUGAAUAGAAGUCUGAUAAAACAGGUACUCCUGACAAUCUAAUCCUGUUACUAAUACGUAUGUAAAGUGUGGAACUAACAAGAUGUUUGAAGACCAUUAAUAGUCAGAUACUCCUCAUAGGUCCAUGUCCCUGUGGAUCACGGCAGCUCUGCUCUCCUGUCGAUAUUAAUGUAGACUUCAACAGAUUGCUCUGGGGAAGCAGCACUCCUGUACUUACUUCCAGUAAGGUAAAGUAGUAUGUGUGUGUAGGCUGUUUGAAACAAAUCCUACUGUAAUGUUCUUUACCUUAAAUACACUGUGCUAAAGCCUCAUAGGUGAAUUAAUUAAAAUAAACCUUUUAUUUCUCUAGCA